AUGAAGAACAAGAACGGUCGUCGUAGACGCAAUCCAAAUGCAAUGCAGAAAGCAGCUCGCAAGGAAGCUAGUGCUGGCAACGGAGACGGAGACAGGCUUAGCAAGCUGCCCAAUGAUCUUCUGCUCAACAUUCUUGAGAGGGUGGACACGCUCGAUGCAAUAAGGGCCUGCGUCCUAUCCAAGCAAAUGUUGAAGCUCCCCGCCAUGUUCUCGCGCUUCUUCAUAAGUUUUGAUUCCAUCCCAGCUUACCAUGAUAAAGCUCGUCUUCCCAACCUCAGCCUCAGUGACGUGUUCCGAACCAACAGUGCUGUGGCUCAUGUCACAGAUAACAUCUUGAGCACAAGGAGCCCGACGAUCACCAUCAGAAAACUCAAAAUCAGAUUCAUCUUGAUGCAACAGGAUUCUCUCACCAUUGGCAAAUCUGUGGCCUGCGCCAUGGCAACCAACAAGGUUGAGGCAACCGAGUUUGAGAUUGUAACGGAGAAGCCUUACAAGAUAUGCUCUUCUGCUGAUCUCCUCCGCUAUGGGAAGCAGUUCAAUGAUUUUGUUGGUGCUUGUCCGGAUGCAUUUGCUGGCCUUAGGCGCCUGUGGCUGCGCAAUAUGAGCUUUGGUGAACUGGACAUUCCCAACAUCCUCAGCACUUGCAAGCUCUUGGAGUAUUUGCGUUUAAGCCAUUGCGACUCGGGGAUCCAUUCUGUGCUGCAAGUAGAGCAUGCCCAACUUGUUGAACUCCAAGUUGACAAUGGGAAAUUUGAGAGAGUUGAGCUAAUAUGUCUACCGAAACUCCAAUGGGUGACCUAUACUAAUUGGUCCUCUUAUGAAGAUCCCAUGUAUUUUGGUUUUGUGCCACAACUUUCAAAGCUGAGCCUUAUUAAAAUUGGCGUCGGUUCACAGAAGACCCUUGAGUUAAGUCAGCUACUUGCUAAUGUUCCUUCCAUAAGUGAACUAUAUCUGGAUUUUAGAAGUGAGAAGGUACCCAUCAGUCAUUCGAAUCAUAUCUUUCCAUUCUCAUACUAUGUAAUGACUGUUAUAUGUAGCAAUAGUAAGAGGGGCGGAGCCAGGAUUUAG